ACUUGCAGUCUGAAACACUAGACAUACAUUUUCAUUGACUCCUGACUGCUCGUUGCUCGUGACACUACUUAGAAGGAUUUUCUUCCCAAUUCUUUUCAGAACCGCAACACCCUCUGUGCCUAACCAAAACUCUUCCUUUCUCUCUCUAAAACACUCAUUUUUUUUUCUCUCUCUCUCUCUCUCUCUCUCUCUCUCUCUCUAAGACAGAGAAAAACACCUGGUCCGUGAAAACAGUACCUAAACACUGUACUAUCCUUUGUUCAUCAACUCCAUAACGUUUGCAGAAGUUACUGUUCUUUUUCUUCUGCAACCCACGUUCUAGCUUGGCUUUUCUCUCGUGGUCUGUGAUACAAAGAGGAUUGGUGUUCUGAUUACAACCCAUGUUCUGUGAUAUAGUCCCCUUUUUUCAGUUUUUUUGUUUGCUCGGGUUUGUUUGGUUCUGCAAACUGUUCUUUCAAUUUGGAUCUUUGGGUUUUUAACCCUUGAAGGGUACAGGGUUUGUGUCCUAUGAAUUGCUUCGAUUUCAAGAAAUCUGAAGAGGGUCAUCUUCAGAUAUUGAAAAACUAUCUGGGUUUUUGAAGUUCAAGGCAUUUCUUGGUGUGAAUAAACCAGAAAGAAUCUCCGAAUCCCCAUAAAUGUUUAGAGCACAAGCACAGACACUGUUUGUUUUGAGGCGAAUGUGAAGAAAAUUUGAUCUUGCAUUGUCUGGGUUUAAUGGGUUCUUGUUUGCUCUUUUUGGGGGUUUGAGAUAUAAACAGCGUUCUUUCUUUCACUGAAGACAAACCCUAAUAAUGGCAUGCUCAUACUUGUUCACCAUUUUGCUAGUUGGGUUUCUAUCAAGGUCUCAGCUUGUGAUUGCUCAGCCCCUCCAUGAUCAGACCACAUUGUUAGCAAUUAGCAAAGAGCUUGGCCUAUCUAUGUGGGGUCUCAACAACACAAGUUACUGCUCUUGGCCUGGCGUUAAAUGUGGCUCCAACAAUUCUCUAGUCGAAAGGCUUGAUCUUUCUCGUCAUGCGCUUCAAGGUAAUGUCACUCUAGUUUCUGAGCUCAAAGCAUUAAAAUGGCUUGACCUUUCAUUUAAUAACUUCCAUGGAUCAAUUCCUCCAGCUUUUGGGAAUUUAUCUGAGCUUGAGUUUCUUGAUUUGUCUUCAAAUAAGUUUGGAAGCUCGAUUCCAAUCGAGUUGGGUAGGCUCAAAAACCUCAAAUCAUUGAACCUUUCCAAUAACUUGCUCACAGGACCAGUACCUGAUGAGCUCGAGGGCCUAAAGAAUUUACAAAAUUUCCAAAUAUUUACAAAUAGAUUGAAUGGUUCUAUCCCAAUUUGGGUUGGAAACUUGACCAAACUGAGACUUUUUACAGCCUAUGAGAAUGAAUUAGGUGGUGAAAUUCCAGAUAAUCUAGGUUCGUUUUCAGAGCUUGAAGUGUUGAACCUUCACUCGAAUCAGCUCGAGGGGUCUUUACCUGAAAGCAUUUUUGCUUCGGGGAAGUUAAUUUUUUUGGUUUUGACCCAGAACGAAUUGAGUGGCAAUCUUACCGAAUUGGUUGGAAAUUGCAAAGGCCUUUCUAGUAUUAGAAUUGGGAACAAUAAGUUCACAGGAAGCAUUCCCAAGGCAAUUGGAAAUGUUAGUAGCCUUACAUACUUUGAAGCAGACAACAACUAUCUCUCUGGCGAGAUUGUCCCCGAGUUUGCUCAAUGCUCUAAUCUUACUCUCUUAAAUUUAGCCUCAAAUGGGUUUACUGGGACUAUCCCUCCAGAGCUUGGACGGCUCACGAAUCUGCAGGAAUUGAUUGUUUCUGGUAAUAGUCUGUUUGGAGAGAUUCCAACAUCGAUUCUUAGGUCCAAGAAUCUUAACAAGCUUGAUUUAAGCAACAACAGAUUCAAUGGCACAAUACCAGAAGAUUUGUGCAAUACAUCAAGAUUGCAGUACUUGUUAUUGGGUCAAAAUUCAAUUAGAGGGGUGAUACCUCAUGACAUUGGGAACUGCAUAAAAUUGCUUGAAUUGCAAAUGGGCAGUAACUAUCUGACUGGAAGUAUCCCUCCAGAGAUUGGUCACAUCAAGAAUUUGCAGAUAGCACUGAAUUUAAGCUUCAAUCAUCUUCAUGGACCGUUGCCCCCCGAACUGGGGAGACUCGACAAGCUUGUUUCUUUGGAUGUCUCCAAUAAUCAGCUCUCUGGAACAAUCCCAUCUGCACUUAAGGGUAUGCUAAGUUUGAUAGAGGUUAAUUUCUCAAAUAAUCUACUCACUGGUCCAAUACCCACCUUUGUGCCGUUCCAAAAGAGUCCAAAUUCAAGCUUUUUUGGGAAUAGAAAGCUCUGUGGAGAACCAUUGAAUGCAUCUUGUGGAAAUUCCAAUGGCACUGAUCAUGACAAUUACCAUCACAGGGUUUCUUACAGGAUCAUAUUAGCUGUAAUUGGUUCUGGUUUAGCAGUUUUUGUAUCUGUAACAGUUGUUGUUCUGCUGUUUAUGAUGAGGGAGAGACAAGAAAAAGCUGCCGCAUCUGCAGGAGUUCCUGAGAGUGGGACUAAUAACAACCGGCCGUUGAUAGUAGAGGGGAAUGUCUUUGUUGAAAAUCUUAGACAAGCAAUAGAUUUUGAUGCUGUUGUCAAAGCAACUCUGAAGGAUUCCAAUAAACUUAGCACUGGGACUUUCAGCACUGUCUACAAGGCAGUUAUGCCAUCUGGGUUGAUUUUAUCAGUGAAGAGACUGAAGUCCAUGGACAGAACAAUAAGUCAUCACCAGAAUAAAAUGAUUAGAGAGCUCGAAAAGCUGAGUAAGCUCUGUCAUGAUAAUUUGAUGAGUCCUAUUGGCUUUGUAAUCUAUGAAGAUGUUGCUCUUUUGCUUCAUCAGUACUUACCCAACGGGACAUUGGGUCAGUUCCUUCAUGAGUCUACCAAGCUACCAGAAUACAAGCCUGACUGGCCAACGAGGCUUGCCAUUGCAGUUGGAGUGGCAGAAGGGUUGGCUUUCCUUCAUCAUGUGGCCAUUAUCCACCUCGAUAUCUCUUCUGGCAAUGUACUUCUAGAUGCCAAUUUCAAGCCUUUGGUUGGGGAAGUCGAGAUAUCAAAGCUGUUGGACCCAUCGAGAGGUACUGCAAGUAUCAGUGCUGUUGCUGGCUCAUUUGGUUACAUACCUCCAGAAUAUGCAUAUACAAUGCAAGUUACAGCACCAGGAAAUGUUUAUAGCUAUGGGGUGGUUUUGCUCGAGAUCCUUACAACCCGAUUGCCAGUUGAAGAGGAAUUUGGUGAAGGGAUUGAUUUGGUGAAAUGGGUUCAUAGUGCACCGGCAAGAGGGGAAACCCCGGAGCAGAUUCUGGAUGCAAGGCUUAGCACAGUCUCCUUUGCUUGGAGGAAAGAAAUGCUUUCCGCUUUAAAGGUGGCAUUACUCUGCACCGACACCACACCAGCAAAACGACCCAAAAUGAAAAAGGUGGUGGAAAUGCUUCAAGAAAUUACACAAAACUAGUGGGGGAGAUCAACUUCAUUCAAGUGCUUCAAAUUUCUCAAUCCAGAUGGUUAUGAAUCCAGUAUUCAGGAUGUACGAGGGGGUCAUUUUAUAGAGUAUUCAACUGAUUGUCAGUAAAAAAUGUGAGUCACAAAAGAAGGUACGUGACAAGAGUACGUUGUUCAUGUUGGAUUGGUUGGUUUAUGGGUCAGAUUAUCCACUCCAUGCUUUGUAUCACAGGGUUCAAGAGAAAUGACAUCUUGUAAUAUUUUUUUGA